AUGGAUACUGCCGAUGCUUUGAUGGAGGAGAAAAAAUUACUGGCGGAAACUAAGUAUCGUAAUUAUAUGUCAAAUAUUGAUAAAGCAUUGCGCAACUUUGAAUAUUCAAGCGAAUGGGCUGACCUGAUAUCGGCACUUGGAAAGCUUAGCAAGGCCAUAUCCAGCAAUACACAAUAUCAGGUAAUACCGCGUCGCAUAAAAAUCUCCAAACGUUUGGCGCAAUGUAUGCAUCCUGCACUGCCGUCUGGUGUGCAUUUAAAAGCGCUGGAGACCUACGAUGUAAUCUUCAGCAAAACUGGCGCAGAGCGUUUAGCACAAGAGCUCUUCAUCUACAGCGCUGGUCUUUUCCCGCUACUUGGCUAUGCGGCUAUGAAUGUGCGCCCCGCAUUACUGGGCAUCUAUGAGACCUACUUCGUGCCACUGGGUGACAAAUUGCGUCCAGCGCUCAGCGGCUUCCUUAGCGGUGUACUGCCCGGCUAUGAAAAUGGCUUGGAUCACUUUGAUCGUACGAAUUCACUGCUUACACAGGUCUGCACCGCUGUCAAUCCCACACACUUUUACACUGUACUCUGGGAAUGUAUGGCCACAAAUGCAUCGAUACGCUUGCCGGCCGUCACCUACCUACUGGAGCAUUUCAAUAAGCGGAUGAGUAUGCAAGAGCAAGUAUUUAUUAUGGGACAUAAUCGCGACAUUAUGAUGUCUGGCUUAUGCGCCUGCCUGAAUGAUAGCGUCAUUUUAGUGCAGCGCAACACUUUGGAAUUCCUGUUGCUCGGCUUUCCCAUGCACACCAUUUACUUGACGGAAGCCGAUCUUAUAAAAUUGGUCACAAACGGUUUGAAUACGAUUUUGCGUCGAGAUAUGUCACUGAAUAGACGAUUGUAUUCGUGGUUGCUGGGCAGCGAGGUGGCUAAGAAUUCGCCCACAUAUGACACAGCUUCCUUAGAUGGCCCACCAGCCGAGACAGAAACUUAUUUUGAAAAACACUCGAAACACAUUGUAAUACAAUCGCUGAUUUGUACUCUAAAGUUCAGCUUAGAAAGCACACCGGUGGAUUUGAAACCUUACAGAAUAAUGGUUUCACUGCUGGAUAAAGCAGAAAUAGGCAGCGCUGUACUGGAUCAUGUGCUCUGCGACAUUAUACGCACCAUGUCGCUAUCGAGCAGCAGUAAUGUGGAGGUGGUAAAAUCAGCUAAUCUACUCUUUGCCACAUUCGACCCAGCAUAUAUUUGGAGUUUUAUGACCAGCAUGUAUGACAAAUCAUGCAAGAAGUCCAACAAAUCUAUAAGCCGCUCACAAUCGAGAGCAAGACUGUCACGCAGUAUUUCGCGCAGCAGCACUGAAACAAAAUUUCAAUGCGAAGUCGGCUCUGGAGAUCCCAGUCUGGUGGAGAUCUGUUAUCUUACAGAAUUCCUCCUGGAGACCAUUUCUUUGGAAAUGUACAAUGAAACUACGCGCAUUUAUUUGCCCAAAGUAUUCUUAGCUAUCACACAGAUGCUCACCAUACAUUUGGACAAUAUAGGCAGCGAUGAAAUCACUGCUUCACUGAAACUAUGCAUGAAAAUUGUUUCGCGUGUCCAGCCCAUGAUAACUAGCCCCAUUAAGUUACUGCCGCGCACCAAUCACGGCUACUACUCAUCAUCCGAUGAGAAAGGUGCCAGCGCUAACAAAGGCGUUCUUAAGAAUACAUCUAUUGCCCAGGUUGCUGGCGCCAUGUAUGCACUGGAAAAGAGCAAAUCCGACUCUAAACUAAAUCAUUUUUCGGGUGACGAGAGCACCAUCAUGUCGCAUGGCAGGCAUAAGGAAGGCUCUGUUCACAGCGCGUAUACCGAACCGCCCAUGCGACGUUCAAACUCCAAUCAGCACAUGGAACGCAAGAGUCCAAAAAAGAAAAAGGCCAAAUCGACAUCAAAAUUGUCGGAGCUGGACAAGGAGAUCUGUCCCGACACCGGUCAAAUUAUCGAACCACAAUCCUCUUCGGACUUAGAUACGCCGCUGAGUAUUAAGAAAUUAAAAUCUAAAGCGAAGACGCCAUACAUGCGCAUACGCACGAGUCCUAAGAAGACGCGGCCCAAGAACAUAGCACUCUCAGGCCCAAAAUCAUUGGAUCCAUCAAUGCUCAAGACCACAGAUGAAACAGAUGAUCAGCCGAAGAGCGCACCUGCCACUGAACAGUUGUCGAAGGAUCGCGUUGAGGAGCUAAUUUUCGAUUAUAAUGAUGUGAACGCCAACAAUGAGCAAGAAUUCACGAUCUUGGAAAAGUGUAUACGCCAGUAUGAAAUCUUCUUUGAGUUGUAUUUGACGCGCCAUGUGCUGCAAAUCAAGCAGUCCAGCGCCGUGGAUGAGGAGAAGUGUCGCAUCAAAGUCGAAGUUGAACGCGAUCAGCCACUAAGUGUCGAGCACAUUUUCCAGAAUGAGCAAAUCUUUGAGGAUCUAAGCCCAGAGCGCCUGCUGGAGGUCGAACGUUUAUUCGACACACUACGUGUGAAUGUAAUGAGUCGCUCAAAACAGCUGCACAGCUUGUUAAAUCGCUCUUUGGGUCACACGCUUGCUGCUACAUCAACAGCCACUGAUUCGACCACCAGCGAUGCCAGUGAUGACGGCGAUGAUUCACAAGAUGCAAGUGUUUUGCAAAAAUGCGAUGAAAGAACAGAGCGACGCAUACAAACACUAAUGGAUUUGCGGGUGUCGAAUAGUCAACGUAGGGCCAUCAAAUUGGCAGCAAACUUGCUGGUGGAAAUGUCAACAUUCCCCAAUUGUAAUAAGAAUAUAGUGCUGGACAAGAAUGACAAGGAGAUACCGAGUUGGCUGAAGGUGCUUUGCCUUGGGGCCGCAUAUACAGAAAGUGAUAAGGAGCUGCAGCUGGCGGCCAUCACAACGCUCUUCGACUUGAUAAGCCUCCUGAAGUCUCAAAUCGAACACACAACCAGUCCCGGCGUCACUUUUGUGGUGAUGCUGCCGCUGCUCAAAUUCGGUCAUGUCAGCUACAUUGAACACAAAACACGCAUCUUCCAGCUCGUGACCUCAGUACUGUGGAACAACCUAGGUGAGGCUGGCAUAGAUCCUGCACAGAUAACCGCUUUGCUCUAUCAGCUGCACAACUGUCUGGAGAGUGGACUGGUCGAAACCGUUAUCGGUAACCGUAUGUAUGCACACAGCAUGCAUCAGCAAUUCGCCGCCGCAGAUGCGUUGGCAACCACCGGCUGGGGUGAGCAGUACAACAGCCUUCUACCGCAAACUGCUCUCCGUAAUUACCGCUAUGAUCGCGCGCGCGAUGUACAGUUGGUUUGCGCUUCUCCGGCGCGUCCGGUAUCGCGGUCCGCCAUUGAGCAGCUGAAGGAGAGUGAGUCGAAGAGUUUUCGCAAAUUUGAAUUGCUCUGGCAUUUGGGGCGCGACAAGCAGCCAUCAAAAGGCUUUGAGAAGACGCUGCUGAAGGUACUUGAUACGCUAGCGCUGCCACAAUACAUGUCCGUACGCACCUGUGUCACUAAGUGGCUGCAGUCUGCAUUGCUGCGUGGCGAUUUGCCACGUCUCAUCAAGCCGCUGUACAAGAUUUUGUUAGGCCCACAAACGAAGCGUAUUGGCAUCAUGCAUUUACACUUGUUGCAGCAGGAAGACGGUGCAACGCUAUCGCACUCGGGCGACAAACAACAGCAAGGCGGCAAUCAAGGCGACAGUUCGCUGGAACGCGGUGUAUACGCCAUCAGCUCAGAAUAUGGCAACAUCAAGUAUCACAUGGAGACUUCAAGCAGCAAGAAGCGCAGUCCCAUACGCAGUUUCCAUAAGAAAAUAUUCGGCGUUACUUUGAGCAGCAAAAAUAAAACAUCAAAUUUUGUGAGUGACAAAACGCCACCACAAGCAAUCGCAGCCACAGAAACCGCAGAUGCAACCAUUGGACUAAUAGUUAAUCCCUUGGAUAAUUCUCCAGACUUCGAUGAUGAAGGCGACAAUGAUACAGAGUGUGAAAUGCUGGAAACAACUUCAAAAACUGAUGCAAAAACAACAGAAAGUGUUAAGGUCGACGAUGAUGUCGAAGAAGAGGACGAUGAAAAAGAAGAGUUGGAUCCGCACGACUUCGAGCACGACUACACUGACGACUCGGAGAGCAGCAUGUUCGAUUCAGAGUCGGAAAAUCGUGAAACUAGCGUUGAGAAGGACGACAGCCUGACGAUAAGCUCAAGCGCUGGCGCCAUUAAUAGCAAUGUAACAGUUAGCGGUAAUCUGAAGCGUUUCGUUGGCGAUUGCGAGCGCGUAACAGAGUUGCUUUCGCAACACGAGCGCACGAAGAAUCGUAAAACCUACAGACUAACACGCGAAAAGACGCCCGGCGACUCGAGUCUGGCAUCGGUCACCUCCACCACAGACGAGCAGUCUUCACUGGGUCCGCAAAGCCAGAGCGGCACGCUGGAUGAGUCCGCUCAUCCCGCCGAUGAGUAUUUCAAUGCCAACAACAAUACAAGCCAAGCUGAUGCAGUAGCAGUGGAGACAAAUGUGAAAAAUUUGGUCGAGCCAAUACCAGUGCCUCCGGCAGCCACGCGGCAACCGCAGCGUCAACGCGACGAAGAAACACACAAGCAUAAGCAACACCGUGCGCACGGCACUACAAAGCAGCAUAAGAAGAAACACGCCGCGGGCAAGAAAUCACCAGGCAGUAGCGACAAGAAGCGCAUGAGCUGCAUUUCGAAGACCUCCACUGACAGCAAUAACAGCUAUUCCGGUAAUGCUGGACCAAAUAGCCUGCAGGAGGAGCACAUCACUUGCAAUUCGCUGCAGAGCGACGACGACGACGAGGGACUGUACGAAUCGCGCUCACAAUCCAAUUCGCUCACAACCGCAUCCACCAUCAAUGUGGAGGAGAAACGACGCACGCUCAGCUUGGAAACCAGUCAAAAGCCCAGCAGCCAGAAGUCUGAAUGGGGGCUCACACAGGAAACGCUGGAGAAGAGCAAACAAAAUUUGCAAAUACUGCGCCAAAAUGCCGCUGCCUCGCAGCAACAACAGCAAAGCGCUGGUGACGCGGGCAGCAAGCGUUCGUCCAUGAAAAGUGGCAAUUCGAGCAUUAGCGCAGGCGAUAGUUCCACACGUCUAGCCGCAGACCAGAUGCCGUGCUACUACCAACAUAUGCUAAUCUACGCGGGUGGUGCCUAUGACACAAAACAAACACUAUACGCAUUCCAAACGCUGCGCAACAUCAUCACGUGUGACACGCGUACUUUCCUCUGCUUAUCCAUUACUACUUCUGUGGCUAGUGGCACGCUUAAGCAGCUGCUAAUACGGCACCGAAAAUGCAUGCAGGGUAAAGGGUUCGCCGGCAGCAUCAGCAACACAGAGUAUGCGCAGAGCUAUCGCGCCUGCAUGCACUUGGAAGUACUCGUGACAAUCUGUCUCUACUACGCGCGCGGCUUCUUCCACCACGAGGCGCGCUACGCAGACAGCGCGGCAGAUGCGCCCACCGCCGAGGAUGUAAUGGGCAACUGCCGCGUGCAGUUGGAGAGCGUUGAGCUGUUGUCGCUCAUUUGCGCGGAGCUGAUUGACAUUGUGCGCGGCAUGGGCAAAGGGCUCGCCUGCUACAUAGCCGAUCUCAUGGCGCGCUGCAAGCUGCAGAAGGUAAUAUUGCACUGCCUCAACUCAUCAGUAAGCAUGUUUACCGUGCAACAGCGUCAGCAGCGGCAACGUGCCACCGCUGACUCGCUACCAGCACGCAUACUUAACUUUAACAACCCACUGGACGAUCAAUUACACGCUGAAUCUCUACAGCUGCAGCUGCUGCGUCUACUCAUGUCUGUGAUAAAACUUGAAUAUGAGGUGCAGUUGUUGAAGCACGAAGGAAGCGGCGCGAACGUGAGCACCGCCAGUGGCAAAGAAGAUUCCUCGGGCAACAUAUCGCCGACGCGCCUAUCCAACAUUGCCGGCGAUUCGAGCGCCACUAAUGUCAAAUACUUGCCUAACUGUUUGAUUAGCCAACAGCCGAUGUUUUUGGCCGCAGUGCUGAGCGCUUUACAGAAUGAGCAGCUGCGUCAUCUGCACCGCAACUGGACCGACUUGGUAACAGCAUCACUAAAUUGUUUCAGCUGCGGCUCCCUGACAAACAUCGUCAUAAGCGUCGUCCAUCAACUCUGUCACAACAUUGAUCGCAUUGCCAAGCUGACGCUGAAGGAGCAGAGCGGCUUUCCGCCAGACUACGUCGUUUCACAACUGGAGGCCAUCACAAUUCUCUGCCACUACUGCCUACUCGACAAUACGCAACAGACCACGCUCUCACACCUUUUCAACCAGGCCUACCCACAAACCAGCGUUGCCGCGCAGAGCUCAAACACCGGCCAGCUGCUCAACAACAUUGUGCAUUCGUUCCUUUCCACCGCAGCUGCUGCUGCCGCCGCCGCCGCCGCUGGCACAUCACAGUCAUCCGAAGCGCAGGCGCCACGUAACCCACAGCUACUGGCAGCGCGCAACGCCGUGCUCUCACAUCUCUCGCGCAUCGUCACCAGCGUUGCUGCUGUGUGGGACAGCGAAUUGGGUCAAGUGCGCCCGGUAAAACAGCAGCUGAUGGAAUUCUUGUCGCCUGUGUCGCUGCAUCAUGGUGCCAACUUCCUCGCCGCAGUGGCAGUCACCUGGCAAGAACGCGGCGAAGCGUAUGCCAAGCGCGCCAAGCCGCUAUCCAUGCUCAGCAUUGUCGAACAGUACCAGCGCAAUUCGGCCCCACAAGCUUGCGCCGAGCAGCUCAGCCUCGUAACGCUCGUUUCCAGCAUACGCGUCAUGCCAAUGGACUCAUUCGUGCAAACGCUGCAUCAGGUGGUGCGCAAUCCGCCGCCAAUACAUCGACCGCCCGUGCAUCUAACCAUAGAAGUGAGCGCGCUGGAACUGUUCUACUUCUAUAUGAAAUCGGCGCCCGCGCCACAGCUAGGUGAUUCCUGGAGCUCUCUAUUGGCGCUGCUGCGCGACGGUCUCAGCUUGACGCCGCCAGCACAAUUUGUGCUGCUCAUGUUGCUCAAUGAAUUCGUGCAACGCUGUCCGCAAAUGCCAUUCCCUGACAAGAAGGACAUACGCGAUUUGCACGACGUGACCGCGCGGCUGGUCGAUUCGCUCUCAAAUGUAGCUGGCUCUUGUCUGGAGCAGACCACUUGGCUGCGCCGCAAUCUUGCUGUUAAAGAGGACAUCCAUCCCCUCACAUCGGAGGGCAGCGUACGCGAUAGCAUUGGCGGUCAGCAGCAGCAGUAUGCCGCGCAGGCGCAAAGUGUGCUGGCCGCCACGUUGGCCAAUCUGCUGGACGUGGCUUAUGGCUCGCAAGAGAAGGACAAGGUGGUGAAUAUUAUUACAACGCUUUUGUACAACAUAACGCCAUAUUUGAAGAAUCACACGUCGCGCAAUGUGCCAGCCUUCUAUGCCUGUUCCAGCCUGCUUGCCAGCCUCAGCGGCUAUCAGUACACGCGCAAGGCGUGGCGCAAGGAUAUGCUUGAUCUGCUGCUCGAUAACUCCUUCUUCCAGCUGGACAUUUCCUGUCUGCCAUUCUGGAAACAAAUAAUGGACAGUCUAAUGACAUACGACAACACAACAUUCCGCGAGCUGAUGAGUCGGGUCUCGCUCACACAGACCGGCAGUUUGAAUAUCUUCACAUCGCGCGAGCAAGAGUACGAACAACGAUCCAUGCUGCUGAAGCGCUUGGCCUUUGUAAUAUUCUGCAGCGAAUUCGACCAAUACCACAAGUAUAUGCCCGAGAUACAGGAACAACUCGCCAACAGCUUGCGCCUACUCUCCAUGGUGCCCUCGGUGCAGGCGGCUGUUUUCCUUUGCUUCCGCGUGCUCUUACUGCGCAUGUCGGCCGAUCAUGUCACUUCAUUGUGGCCCAUUAUAAUCGCUGAAAUGGUGCAUGUAUUCCUAGCAAUGGAACAGGAGCUGAAAUCAGAUAGCGAGGACUUGAGCCAACAGAUGCGUUUACUCUCCGGCAUGGACGUCUCUUGGUCAUCGAAUUCCUCUGGCAAUGGUUUGAGUUCACAAAAUCAAGUCACACACUGGCGCUCAGUGCAGCUGGAGGCUUCCAAACUACUCGAGUUGGGUUGUGUAUUGCCUGCGACCAAUUUACCGCAUUUCCAAAUGUAUCGCUGGGCCUUUGUUGGCACCGAAUUCGAUGUACACGAAGACGUGCCCAUUAUGAAUGGCAGCAGCGAUGAGCAGAUAGCAACCGCAACGCUGCCUACAACGAUUUACGUACCGCAUAUACGGCGCAUUGCGCGGCUAAUGGAUAUGAAAUAUGCAGUACACUCACCGACGAAUAACGUGAAGCGUGGUCGUCAUUUGAUGCUCACCUAUCAGCAAAUCAAUUCGCUAGGGGAUUUAUACGGCUUCUUCUCAACCCUUAGCGUCAAUUGCCCCAAUCCACAUAAUCAUGCUGACAUCGACAAGGAGGUUGCUAGCUGUUUGGCCGAAAUCGAAGAUGUUCUAGCUAAAGAUUUCCUAGAGAGAAUGCCGACGAGUACAACGCCGAGGUGAAAAUUAGUUGCUGCGAUACGCGAAGUCGCCGGCGAAUUGGAGUCGAGCGGUAGCGCUUUCAGUAGUCGCGUUACAGCGGCCUGUCACUUCAAACUAUUGCAUUACCAUCAACAGCAACAACAACAACAACAGCAGCAGCAACAGACGCAUGCCGAAACGAGCUACACGCUCAGCAGCAAUCACAGCACCACCACAGCUACAACUAAGAAAAAUAAUUUCCCAUUCUAUGUUUGAGUCAAGGUAAAGCGCAGCAGGAGAGGUAGGAACAGCCGAGAGAUGGAAAGAUGGUAUAUACAUACAUACAUACUUAGAUGUGUGUCAAUUAAUGCGAGAAAUGCACUCAAGCGAAACUGGCUAUUAAAGGAAAUAAUAAUGAAUAAAAAAAAAAUUACCUACCAAUAUUACGCUAUGUAUUUAUAAUUAUCUAAACAACUAUUAGCUAAUAUGCAAAGAAGAAGUAAUAAUUGCGAUAAACUGCAAGAGCUGCAUAAUUAUGAUACUUAUACUUAUACAUACCUACUACAUUAAAUGCAUACAUACAUAUACAUAUAUAAAGAAAAAUGCAUGCAUACAUGCAUAAAAAAACAAAAAAAUGCUGAUGGAAGUUGUUGCGCGAAAUUGUAGCGCCAAAAAAUGCAGAAGUGUGUGGCAACAGCUUACUAUUUGAAUGAUUAGCAUUUAAAUGAGAACUAUAUACAUACAUACAUACAUACAUACAUUUAUGAUAAUCCCGAUAAUUGUAAUGAUAUUUGAAGAUGAUAAUGAUGUUUAUUGAAACAAUGUGAACAAUAAAGUAGUUGAAAGACGGGCGGUGUCAAUGUUGGUUGGUGAUGAUGAUGGUGGUGGUUGUCGUUGAUGUUGAAUGUUGAAUGUUGAUUGUUUGGUCAAAGACAAAUACAAUGUACAAACAUAAAUACAAUCAUACAUACUAUGUACAUACAUGCAACAAAACCCCUCGCACAUUGCCACACCAAAUGUCACUGUGUGCAAUUAUGUUUGUUAAAUACG